AUGACGAAUGAACAGUUAGGUGUGUACAAUGAAAUCAUUUCAGCUGUUGAAAAGAAUGAAGGUGGGGUAUUUUUUUUAUAUGGUUAUGGUGGGACUGGAAAGACCUUUGUGUCUAAGACCUUAUCUUCAGCCAUUCGUGCAAAGGGAGAUAUCGUUCUGAAUGUAGCAUCCAGUGGCAUAGCUGCUCUUCUGCUUGAAGGGGGUUUGUUAAUAAAAACACGUCUCAUUAUCUGGGAUGAGGCACCAAUGAUGCAUAGGCAUUGUUUUGAAACAUUGGAUAGAACUUUGCGUGAUAUCUUGUCAACGACCUCUUCAUCUUGUGCGGAUAAACCAUUCGGUGGUAAGUUUGGCUGCCCCCAGCAAACACUGCAUGAGGUCAAAAAGUUUGUGGAUUGGAUACUUCGAAUCGGUGAAGGUACGAUUGGAGAAGACAAUGACGGCGAAGCGGACAUCAGAUUACCCGAUGAGGUCCUUAUCAAAUCUGAAGGAGAUCACAUUAAGUCCAUGGUUGAGUGUAUCUAUCCAGAUAUUAAUGAACACAUCGAUGAACCAAACUACUUUCAAGAGAAAGCAAUCUUGGUUCCAACAAAUGAGGAAGUUGAUAAGAUUAAUGAUUAUGUGUUAUCUCUUAUACAGGGAGAGGAGAUGACAUAUUACAGUUCGGAUAGUCCAUGUCCAGAAGAGGUUAAUGAUGUGUUCGAACAAUCUGUUUACUUGUCCGCCGUGUUGAAUGGUUUUAAACUUUCAGGUGUUCCGAACCACAAGUUGACCCUAAAAGUAGGUGUGCCGAUUAUGUUGCUUCAAAAUAUAGACCAAGCUAACGGUCUAUGCAAUGGUACACGUCUCCAGAUUACCAGAAUGGCACCUCAUGUAAUAGAAGCUAGGAUUAUUACUGGCUCAAAUGCAGGUAAGAUGACAUAUUUGCCUCGCAUGUGUAUCAUCCCAUCCGAUCGUCGAAUACCAUAUAAGUUUCAGAGGCGUCAAUUUCCCUUGGUGCCUUGCUUUGCCAUGACUAUAAAUAAAAGUCAAGGACAAUCGUUGGGCAAAGUUGGAUUGUUUUUGCAACGACCUGUUUUCACACAUGGUCAGCUAUAUGUGGCUGUUUCAAGAGUUACGAGCAAGGAUGGUUUGAAAGUACUUAUUUGUAAUGAAGAUGGAUCAGCUUCAAACACAACGAAAAAUGUUGUCUUUAAGGAGAAGCAAGCGGUUCAGCAUGAUGAUGAAGAGUUGGCUCUCACUCUUUCAUCUUCAAAGGGGCGUCCUGAUGUCCAAAAGUUGAAGAUCCCUAAACUGGAGAAGUUUUAA